UACAACCUUCAAGUCAAGAUAACGGAGUUGAUCAACAAGGAGGGAUACGGGACCAUGACCGUCACUUUGUACCAGCUACUCGGCCUACUCUUCAAACAGAAAUGACAAGAACUUUUCCAGGCCUUUUUACAAAAGGAAAAGGGAAACGACGAUUUCCUGCCCCAGUACUUAUUCCGGCCAAAAAGUGCAAGCCGCUGGAAGUGUCUUUUUACCUCCUUCCAAAACAUUGUGACAGGACACCCAGUGAACUUGAAAAAGUCACACAUAUGCAAGCAGGAUUGGGCCCCAGGACUGCUCAUCUAGAUGAGAGCAUCACCCAUGAGGAGGUUAACUAUGAAAAGACUCAUCUAUGUGAUGCCCUCAAAGCUUUAUAUCCAAAGUUGCGCACACUGUCUGGUGGAUGGCUACUUUAUAAAUCCACAGGUGGAUGGGGUAGCCGUAAGCUCGCCCUUGUGUCACCCGAUGAUGCUGGGUGGGAGGACCUUGAUACAAGUCCACUGGAACUAACUGAUGAAGCAUUCAAGGGCAUGGCAAAGGUCAUGUGCCAGAAGUGUGGAGUAGAUGUUCCUCUGCAGCUUCUUAAGGAUCACGUCAACUCAUGCUCAGUCAUUGAAAUUGAUGGUGAACAGCCUGUUGAGGAUACAAGUCAUCUUGUUGGGGAAAAAUCUGUGUCAUGUCCAGUUUGCUUAAAAAUGUUUCCUACUGACUGGAUACAGGAACAUGCAUCCACAUGUGGAGAAAGUCCAGUGACACCUGCAGUCACAUCUGCCACAGUGACAUCUGCCAAAGUGACCUAUGAGGAGGACCAUGCAGCCAUUGCUGGAACCUCCACAUCAUCUGCUACUGUUACUGGGGCAAACUGCAGUGUUACUCGACUUUUUGAAGGGGAGCCAAGUCAUCUUGUCCCAUCAGCUUCACACUUUCUGGUUGAAAGCGACCUCUUCCUCAUGGCGGGGAGGAUGAUGGGUCACUCCUUCCUCCACGGAGGACCUUGUCUGUCUGGCCUCAGCCCUGCCAUUGUUCAUGUUCUCCUUGGAGGCACUCCUGAAACGUGUACAGUCACCCUGGAGGACUGUCCUGACUUGGACAUCCGUGACACCAUCAGGCUUUUGGAAGGUGAGUCAAACCUGUCUGAGAAGGAUAAAGUAGAGAUACAGGAUUUGGCUUUUGCUUGGGACCUUCCUCCCCUGACUGAGGGCAACCGAAAAUGGCUUUUUGAAAAACUUUUAAUUCAUGCUGUGAUUGGGCGAGUAAUAAGACAGAUUAAGCAACUCCGCCGGGGACUAAAAGAAACACCAAUAUGGACCAUGCUCACCCAGAGACCAGACACAGUAGAUUUGCUCCUCCCCACAGAGGAAGCAGGGAUUAUCUGCCCUCAGGUUCUUCUGCAGCGAAUCAAAUGGCCACAGGCAGAUGAUGAUGAUGACUGCCCAGUUGACACCAAAUGUCGUGUGUCUGGCUAUCUCCGGGAGUUUAUCACUACAGUAACACCAGCUGAACUGCAAAGCCUAGUCAAAUUCUGGACUGGCUGGGAGGUCUUGCCAUCGAGUCUGUCUGUAGAAGUGGGAGCAGGAAGAUAUAUUACUGCUUCAACCUGCUACGAGACCCUGCGCAUCCCAUGUCACUACAAAGAUUAUGCUGCGUUCCAGAGCGACAUGCUUGUUUCUAUCUCCACUUGCCACACAGGAUUUGGUUUGGUGUGAAUUGUUAUGUUCUCCUAAUGUUAAUGUUGAAAAGAUAUUUUGUCAUCUGUUCACAUGGAAGCAACUGGUUUGAGUUGCUCAGUCAAGAUUUUAUUACAAGCUGAGUCAAGGGUUUAGUCUCUCAAAUUGUGUUUCUGGUUCUG